AUGGGACUCGUGCUGCUCGUCGCCGUCCCGCUGCUGCUGCAGGCGGCCCCGGAGAGCGCGGCGCACUACGAGAUGAUGGGCACCUGCCGCAUGAUCUGCGACCCCUAUAGCAGCGCCAGCGCCAGCGCCAGCGCCCGGGCCGGCGGCCCCAGCAGCACGGCCGCCGUGGAGGCGCUGCAGGACCUGAGCGCCAACCCCCCGCCGCCCUUCCUCCCGGGACCCAAGGGGGAGCCCGGCCGGCCGGGCAAGCCGGGGCCCCGGGGCCCUCCAGGGGAGCCGGGGCCCCCCGGUCCCAGAGGGCCGCCCGGAGAGCGGGGAGACUCGGGCAAGCCGGGGCUGGCGAUGGCCGGGGCUGGCGCUCCCGGGGCGGCAGGGGGCGGUGUCGGCCCCGGGGCGGGCGCCGCGGGGGAGGUGAGCGGGGCGCUGAGCGCGGCCUUCAGCGGCCCCCGCAUCGCCUUCUACGUGGGGCUGAAGAGCCCCCACGAGGGCUACGAGGUGCUCAAGUUCGACGACGUGGUGACCAACCUGGGCAACCACUACGAGCCGGCCACGGGCAAGUUCAGCUGCCAGGUGCGGGGCAUCUACUUCUUCACCUACCACAUCCUCAUGCGCGGCGGGGACGGCACCAGCAUGUGGGCGGAUCUCUGCAAGAACGGCCAGGUGCGGGCCAGCGCCAUUGCGCAGGACGCCGAUCAGAACUACGACUAUGCCAGCAACAGCGUGGUGCUGCACCUGGACUCGGGGGACGAGGUGUACGUCAAGCUGGAUGGAGGCAAAGCACACGGAGGCAACAACAAUAAGUACAGCACUUUCUCUGGCUUUCUUUUAUACCCCGAUUAA